AUGGCUAACAGAAUCAUUGAGCUACAGAAACUAUUCCAAUCUUCCCAAAAACCUUUGUGGUGGAGACACCCCAGAUCGGCCUUCUACAUGUACCCAUUCUGGGCCUUGUUCACCGUUGCUGUCGUGGGUCCUUUCCUAUACAUUCCAAACACAAUCAGAGGUAUCAAGGACAAGAGAAAUUAA